UUUUGGAGACAUGGUGAAAGGUAACUGAAGACUGAAAAGGAAGAGCUCCAAGUUGACAUGGCUGAAGGAGAAAAUGAAGUGAGAUGGGAUGGACUGUGCAGUAGAGACUCAAGUACUAGAGAGACAGCACUGGAAAACAUUAGGCAAAUCGUUUUGAGGAAAACCGAGUAUCUUCGUUCAGUGAAAGACACACCUUAUCGUCCAUCAGACGAGCUUUCAAAUUCUGUUUCUUUGGAUGGGUUGAAUAGCCUUCUCGCUCGCCUGCUCAUGCUGUCUAAGAGAUGCCCCUUUAAAGAUGUAAGAGAGAAAAGUGAAUUUAUUCUGAAGAACGCCCAGGAACUUGGAAUUAGAAUUCCUCGACCACUAGGACACGGACCAAGCAGAUUCAUCCCAGAAAAGGAGAUUCUCCAAGUGGGAAGUGAAGACGCACAGAUGCAUGCUUUAUUUGCAGAUUCCUUUGCUGCUUUGGGUCGUUUGGAUAACAUUACAUUAGUUAUGGUUUUUCACCCACAGUAUUUAGAGAGUUUCUUAAAAACUCAACACUAUCUACUGCAAAUGGAUGGGCCAUUACCCCUUCAUUAUCGGCACUACAUUGGAAUAAUGGCUGCAGCAAGACAUCAGUGCUCCUACUUAGUGAAUCUCCAUGUAAAUGAUUUCCUUCAUGUUGGGGGAGACCCCAAGUGGCUCAAUGGCUUAGAGAAUGCACCUCAAAAGCUACAAAAUUUAGGGGAACUCAACAAAGUAUUAGCCCAUAGACCUUGGCUUAUUACCAAAGAACACAUUGAGGGACUUUUAAAAGCUGAAGAGCACAGUUGGUCCCUUGCAGAACUGGUCCAUGCAGUAGUUCUACUCACACACUAUCAUUCUCUUGCCUCAUUUACCUUUGGCUGUGGAAUCAGUCCAGAAAUUCAUUGUGAUGGUGGCCACACGUUCAGACCUCCUUCUGUUAGUAACUACUGCAUCUGUGACAUUACAAAUGGCAAUCAUAAUGUGGAUGAGAUGCAGGUCAAUUCAGCAGGAAAUGUUUCAGUAAGUGAUUCCUUCUUUGAGGUAGAAGCCCUUAUGGAAAAAAUGAAGCAGUUACAGGAAUGCCGAGAUGAAGAAGUAGCGAGUCAGGAAGAGAAGGCUUCACGUUUUGAAAUAGAAAAAAGAGAAAGUAUGUGUGUCUUCUCUUCAGAUGAUGAAGAAGUUACACCAGCAAGAGAUGUAUCUCGUCACUUUGAGGAUACCAGUUAUGGCUAUAAGGAUUUCUCUAGACAUGGAAUGCAUGUUCCAACAUUCCGAGUCCAGGACUAUUGCUGGGAAGAUCAUGGCUAUUCUUUGGUAAAUCGCCUUUAUCCAGAUGUGGGACAGUUGAUUGAUGAAAAAUUUCAUAUCGCUUACAAUCUUACUUACAAUACAAUGGCAAUGCACAAAGAUGUUGAUACCUCAAUGCUUAGACGUGCUAUUUGGAACUAUAUUCACUGCAUGUUUGGAAUAAGGUAUGAUGACUAUGACUAUGGUGAAAUUAACCAGCUACUGGAUCGUAGCUUUAAAGUUUAUAUCAAAACUGUUGUUUGCACUCCUGAAAAGGUUACCAAACGAAUGUAUGAUAGCUUCUGGAGGCAGUUCAAGCACUCUGAGAAGGUUCAUGUUAAUCUGCUUCUUAUAGAAGCUAGGAUGCAAGCAGAACUCCUCUACGCUCUGAGAGCCAUUACCCGGUAUAUGACCUGAUAGUUUUCUUCCAUUAAAGAUGAUGGAAUGAUCAGCAGACAGUCUACAAGGGGAAGGUACUAAGCCCCAGGACCAAU